AUUAUGUAAACUGAAAGCUUGCUGGAGUGGGGAGCCACAAAGUUUUACGAAACAGACUCUUUUUGAAUUCGUUGCGUUGUAGUACGACGAUGUGUUCUGUUACAAAUAACUUAUAUAUGUAAUUUUGUGACAUUCGCCUUUGGCCGUGCCUUUACACGAACAAAAUCUAAGAAACUGUUAUUUACAGGAAACGGUGAUACCGAAAGAAGAGUCUGUACUGCCAGUUUACGUCUGUUUCAAGGGCAUUAUCCUGUGGACCUUUUAGACAUGCUGCAGUCAUUCAAGCUUUUCUUCAACUGUAACCUGGUGCUAUCACGCUCCUACUCUGGAUAUUAUGUCUCUCGAGUGAGGUACCUUAAGAGAUUAAAGGAGGACGAUGAGGCAUGUCGAGAGGCACUGAAGUCUGGAAACUUUCUACUGUAUCAUAAGCUUUCUCCUCUACUGCGAAAGACCAGCAAUGGCAUUUACACAUUGGCUUCUCUAAAAACCUCAGGUUUCAAUACAACUCCAUUUAAACUCUUCCAUUACGAAAAUAAAAGGAUUUUGCAUAUGCAUUUGUAUAUUUGUAUGCCCAUUUCUCUAGAUUUGGAACACAUACUGGAGAAGGUUGGAAAGGACAAACACUUUGUUAACGAAUCUUUUCUUCUGGGAUGCACUGACAAGGGUGAACCCCAAUUCUCACUGGAAGUAGGUGAUUUAGACCGCAGUGCAUUGGAGCAGGAGUGUAGAGGUAUGUUUGUGGACCUCAGGAAAGCUUUCUUCAUGUUACCUGGACCAGAGUCUCCUCUUGCGGCCAAAGGACAAGCUCUCCUUCGAUGGCACCAGACUAAUUGCUUUUGCAGUGCCACUGGGCAGCCUACCAUUAGGAACCAAUCAGGAAGUUUCAGAGUUUGCAACAGCAGUGGCAUCACCUACUACCCCAAAAUGGCACCUGUUGUGAUCGUGCUGGUGUCUGAUGGGAGCAGAUGUUUGCUGGCACGCCAGACCAUGUUUCCUCUAGGCAUGUACAGUGCGCUCUCUGGCUUCUGUGACAUGGGAGAGUCAGUGGAGGAGACCCUGCACAGAGAGGUGGCAGAAGAGGUGGGUCUAGAGGUGGAGAACAUUCAGUACUCUGGAUCACAGCACUGGCCAUUCCCACAAAGCUCCUUUAUGUUAGCCUGCCACGCAACUGUAAACCCAGACAAAACGCAGGUGAAUAUUGACAAGGCAGAACUUGAGGAUGCUCGCUGGUUCACUUAUGAAGAAAUAACAGAAGCACUACGGAAACCGCCACUUGACCCCAGAAGAGAGCCACCUGUGUUCUGGGUCCCGCCGCCUUAUGCCAUAGCCAAUCAGCUCAUUCAAGAAUGGGCCAAUCAGCAACAACUAUCAAGAAAAUUACAUGGACUUGAGUAAUCAUGUAUCUAAUAUGCAUUGUUACCACUAAUUUAAGAACUUGAAGAUAAAAUAGACAUGAAAACCU